AUGAAGAACACUGCCUUUGCCACCGAGCACGGGAGUAAAAACCGAAUCAAGAACAAGUGCGAAAAGAGCAAACGGUGCAUAAAACAGGAAGCUUGUCAUCAUGAAGUCCAUCACCAUCAUGAUGGAAAAUACACCAUCAAAUGCAAUGAUAAAUGCUUCAAGCCUGGAAAGCACAACAAGGAUGACAAGGAUGACAAGAAGAACAAGAUCGUGAAGACCAAGAGCAAGGCCGACAAGGACUUCAGCAACAGGGCUAAUAAGGUGAUCGAGAAGUGGGCCAACCGCGAUUCCCCCCACAACCAUGACCACGACGACUUUCCCCUUGAUCCGCAAAACAUCCCGACGCUGCCAGACACGCGCAAGCGUCCCGGGAGACCUCGUCAGGAUUCGACUAGAUUUAUCAACAAAGUAAAAUCCGACCACAAACAGAAAUCCGACAACGAGCCGAAAUCCGACAACAAACCGGAAUGUGACAACAAACCGAAAUCCGACCACAAAGUCGUUACCCGUCGACGUCAACUUCCACCCCUUCAAAUAAUACCUCCCCAACAAAUGGAACGGCUCUGGUUAAAGAAGCACGAGAAGCGUCAUGCACGUGGCCAAGUGUUUGCUCCCCCAUACCCCUUCAGUAUGGAAGAGGUUAUGGCCAUAAAGAAAGUCAACGUCACAAUUGAGCAAAACGGCAAAGACCCCAUCGCCAUUAACGUCAUCAUCCGAAACAACAGCGAGAUGAAUGUCACGAUCAUGACCCGCAACUCCCCCGUCGACAAAGAUGCCUUCAAGCUGGGACACUUUAGAGUUUAUCCAGAUGAAACACAAAUCAACUUUGCGCCUAAGAAGGAGGAGUACGAAUGGUACCACAGACCGAAGGGCAAGUUCAGUCGUCUAUCGGAUCCUAGAAAGGAGUACCUCGAAUCAGACCUUACGCAUCUUCGUCCCAAUGAGACAGUCAAACAGACAAUCAUCAUUCCUAGCGGCAACAAGGAGGAGAAAGAAAAGUGGUUGAAAAUGUUGAAGCUCUCCAAGAAGAUCAAGAUGAGGGUGGAAGGAAAGUGGUUUGCGAUUGGUGCUUGGGACAAAGAGCCUCGAUGGUCUAGGAAUGUUGACUUUAACUUUGUGUCCAACACCAUAGAUUUGGAAAUCCCGAGGGACAGUAAACCUAAUUGGGGGCCUGGGAGAGGAGUUUAUACUGGACAGAUGGCUGAUCGUUGA